AUGAUUAUUUCGAGUGAACAGAAGCAUCCGUUGGAGAAUGAAUGGAGUUUCUGGAUGUAUACUAAUAAAGAAAAAGAAUGGACAGCUAAUUUGGUAGAAUUAACGACUUUCAAAACAGUCGAAGAUUAUUGGUGUCUAUAUCACCACAUGAAACUACCAUCUGAGUUGAAUACCGGCCAGGACUACGCUAUAUUCAAGAAGGGGAUUAAGCCCAUGUGGGAAGACGAGAGCAACCAAAAGGGAGGUCGAUGGCAGAUUCUCUUCGAUGACUUACAGUAUCACGUGUUGGAUGCUAUCUGGCUGGAUACGGUGCUGCUUUUGAUAGGUGAAAAUUUCAAAAACGCAGAUAUUAUCUGCGGCGUGGUCGUAAAUGUCCGGCAAAAAAACAAAAUAUCUAUAUGGACCAACAGCUUCAACUCUUCAGCAGCGUUGGAAAUCGGCAGGAAACUAAAGACACAGUUAAGGGUCCCUAAUAAAAUCCACUACUAUAAACACAACACAUCAAAAUCAAUGUACAAUGUGUAA